UAUCAAACGCUCAGUCAGUUGGAUGGCAACGAUCAACACCACAUCGCGAUAAUGUUAAAAAAUGAUAUUUAUCGCUCCGAAGAAGAUUCACAUGAAAUUUAUGCCGAUUACCUUUUGAAAAAAUCAUUAAAAAAAGUUACCCAUCUCGUUUUAUUUUUAUUUUCGUUUCUACUACCGUCACACGCUGCCUCUAUGUUCGAGUGUGGUGUUGGACAUCAGCAGCAUUUCUAAUUAAUCCAAAAACAAAUGAAAUCCGGUCGGGUGUAGUCAGUCAAGCAUAGCGGCAAAAAAAACGGCAAAACGAAAAAAAGAAACUUUGCGCAGUCGCGUCUUGCUGUGACAACAGACGAACUAACUAUUAGAUUAGUGGGUCCAUCAUUAGCAUUGUCAGUGUCAUCAAAGUGCCAAGAUUUGAUAGUCUAGCCGUAGACAAGAAAAGAUAAAAAGUAACAGUGAAUUCGAGAAUGAUUUUGAAUACCGCCGGAAGAUUUGUGUGUCUUUUUGUAGUUUUUGCAUUUGCAUGGCGUUACAGCGCAUCGGUUCGAUUGAAUGACGAUGAGGAUUAUUAUUCCUCCGUGGCGGGAUUGGAAAAACUUCUAAACACUGAACAAAUUUUAUUAACCGAUCUAAAGAAUUACAUUACAACAACAAAACAAAGCAUUGAAGUCUUAGAAAAGGAAAUAUUAAAAAUUGAAGCAGAACACAAACUAGCCUCCAUUGAUGUUGAAAACUAUUUAACAAAUCCUGUGAAUGCAUACCGGCUAAUCAAAAGGUUAUUCAAUGAUUGGCAUAAAUAUGAAAUCCACUUUGAAAAGGCCAAAGACCUACUAAAUGAAUGGAAAUUAAAAAAGAAUCAAUUACAUUUCCCCAAUCAAAUUGAUUUUGAAGAAUCGGCCUUAGCUUUGGCCCGUCUACAGCAAACCUACAACUUGAACGUUGGCCAGGUGGCUUCGGGAAUUCUUAAUGGUAUUAAAUAUGGAAAUGACAUGUCAUGGUCGGAUUGCCUGCUCUUGGGCCAACAGCUAAUCAAUAUCAAAGCCUUCAAUCAAACCAAAGAAUGGAUCGAUGAGUCACUGAAACGCUAUAGCAUGGAGGAAAAAUCGUCGGCUGCAACUGAAUUGGAUUUUAUGGAAAAACUGGGUGAAAAUCUCAUGAAAACCGGUGACACUAAUGCGGCAUUAGAAAUUUUUCGCGCCGUGGUAAUAAAUGAUCCCCAUCGAUUGAGUACCGUUUCUGCGAUCUAUAACAAUACACAUUCGCUGUCAGAGGCUUUGGUGGAGGAAGAGGAAUAUCAUAAAACCCAGGAAUUCAAACUUUACGAAAAAGUGUGUCGUGAGGAACUCAAACGAUCGCCAGCCGAAGAACGUCAUCUGCGCUGUCGCUAUUACUGGGGUGUGGAUAAUGCUUUCGUUCUGUCGCCAUUUAAAAUCGAAGAAAUCAAUGAAGAUCCCUUCGUAAUGCUAAUCCAUGAUAUGGUGACGGAUGAACAAAUUGAAACCAUAAAAAGAGUUUCAAUGCCUGAAAUGAAACGUUCCACAGUGCGUGACGAUAUCGUUGGCGGUUCGAAGAGACGUAAUUAUCGUAUAUCGAAAAAUGCCUGGAUUGAAUAUAGUCUGCAUCCGCAUAUUGAAAAGUUAUUACACGUUUUACAUUAUGCCACCGGCUUGGAAACACAAUUCAGCGAAGAGCUGCAAGUGGCCAACUAUGGGUUGGGUGGUCAUUAUGAGCCGCAUGUGGACUUUUAUUUGACCGGCGUUACGGAGGAGUACUCCAAUCGAAUAUCCACCUCAAUUUUCUACUUAUCCGAUGUGGAGCAAGGUGGAGCCACUGCAUUCCCCUAUUUGAAGAUUGCCAUUAAACCGAACAAAGGCACAGUACUGUUCUGGUAUAACUUGCAUCGUUCAUUGGAUGGUGAUUAUCGUACCAAACAUGCGGGUUGUCCCGUCCUCAAAGGAUCCAAGUGGAUUGGUAAUGUCUGGACACAUGACCGAACACAAUUUGCCAUACGACCAUGUGGUCUAUAUCGUGACUACGAAAGUUCUUGGGAGUAUAUGAUGGUCAAAUGAGUUCGGUUACGGACGAAUGACAAAAAAUGAAAAAAGAAAAAACAGCAACCCCGUAAAAUGGAAAUGAGACUUGGAAGUCAUUGUGAUAAUAUGUACCCAGCCACUUUCGGCAUGUGUAGUUGUUAUAUGUUUGUAUAUACGUAUGUGUGUAAGUUAGAUGAAUAAGUAGAUUUUAGCAGAGGAUUUAUGUGCUGUAACCAAGAUAAAGUGAUAAAAUUUGCUGAAUUUUUAAUUAAAUGUUAAA